AUGGAUGUUAUCGCAGCUGCGGUGAGUCUUCCAACUUUAUUUGUGAAGAAUCUCUCGCAGGUUGCAUGGAUGAGUUUAUUGAGUGUGAUAGCUUUAAUGGUAGCAGUAGUUGCUGUUUUAGCUUACGGAAUAGCUCAUGAAUACUCAUGGGCCCCAAGGGAAAUCUUGGUGUGGAAUAUAGAUAAAGUGCCUGUUUCGUUUGCAAUUGUUAUCUUCAGUUAUAUAUGCCACCCUGUUUUGCCAGGUGUUGAGGCAAGCAUGGAAAACAAAUCCAAAUAUCGCACAAUGCUUGCCCUUUCAUACUUUUUCGUUGCUAUCGUAAAAGUGGUUUUUUCAGUGUGUGCAUUUUUAUCUUUCAGUUCUAAUAUCCAAGAUGUUAUCGUAAACAGCCUUCCUGUGGGAGUUAUCCGUAGCCUUGUAAACGCAUUUUUACUUUUAAACGGAAUUUUUUCAUAUCCUUUCUGUGUAAUAACGAUAAUCCAAACAAUCGAAGAAUCAGUCUCCCCCGAUUCGUUCUCUUGCAAGAUACCGGAUCUUGUUUGGUUUAUUGGCAUCCGAGUCUCAACCAAUUUCCUUACCCUACUUCCAGCAAUUAUAAUCCCACAUUUUGCGCUCUUUAUGGCGUUUAUUUCAAGUUUAACGGGAUCUGCAAUUGCGUUUAUUUUACCAGUAAUUUUCCACCUCGUCAUAAAACAACAUGAGCUAAAACUAUACCAUUAUAUUUUUGAUAUAUCAGUUUUAAUUUUCGGUUUCCUUGCUGCUGCACUUGGCUUGGUUUACAGUGGGAAAUCUCUUUUUGAGGAUUUGUUCCAUCAUCAUUCAAACAAGUAG